AUGUCUUCAAAUAAAAUUGGUAAUAAAUUAAGUCUUGACAAGGUAGAUGUAAAAGGUAAAAGAGUUUUAAUUAGAGUUGAUUAUAAUGUACCAUUAGAUAAAAAUAAUAAUAUUACAAGUACUCAAAGAAUUGAUGCAUCAAUUCCAACAUUAGAAUAUUGUUUAAAGAAUGGUGCUAAAUCAAUUGUAUUGAUGUCACAUUUAGGUCGUCCAGAUGGUUUGGUUAAACCAGAGUAUAGUUUGAAACCAGUGGUUAAAGUAUUGGAAGAUCAAUUAAAAAGACCAAUUAAAUUCUUAUCAGAUUGUGUUGGUGAACAAGUUGAAAAAGAAUGUGCAAAUCCAGAGGAAGGUACCGUUAUUUUAUUGGAGAAUCUCCGUUUCCACAUUGAAGAGGAAGGUUCAGGUGUUGAUGCAGAGGGUAAAAAGGUCAAAGCCAACCCAGAGAAAGUUAAAGAAUUCCGUGAAUCACUCACCAAGCUCGGUGAUGUCUAUGUGAACGAUGCCUUUGGUACUGCUCAUAGAGCACAUAGUUCAAUGGUUGGUAUUAAUCUCCCACAAAAAGCCGCUGGUUUCCUCAUGAAAAAAGAAUUGGAAUACUUUGCCAAGGCUUUAGAGUCACCAUCAAAACCAUUCUUGGCAAUUCUUGGCGGUGCAAAGGUUAGUGAUAAAAUUAAACUCAUUGAAAACCUUUUGUAUAAAGUCGAUGAAAUGAUCAUUGGUGGUGGUAUGGCCUUCACUUUCAAGAAAUUCAUUGAUAACAAAGAGAUUGGUUCAUCAUUGUUUGAGAAAACAGCCGAACAAAUCACCAAAGAUAUCAUUGCCAAAGCCGCUAAAAAUAAUGUAAAAUUACAUUUCCCAGUCGAUUAUGUCAUUGCCGAUAAAUUUGAUAAUGAUGCCAACAUCAAAACCGUCACUCAAGAUCAAGGUAUCCCAGAAGGUUGGAUGGGUUUAGAUUGUGGUCCAGAGACUAUCAAAGAAAACAGAGAUACCAUCUCAAGAGCAAAAACCAUCGUUUGGAAUGGUCCUAUGGGUGUAUUUGAAAAGAGCAAUUUCGAAGCCGGUACAAAAGCUGCCAUGGAUGAUGUUGUCAAUGCCACAACCAAUGGUGCUAUCACUAUCAUUGGUGGUGGUGAUACCGCCACUUGUGCUGCCAAAUACAACACUGAAGAUAAAGUUAGUCAUGUCUCAACUGGUGGUGGUGCUUCAUUAGAAUUAUUAGAAGGUAAAGAAUUACCAGGUGUUACUGCUUUAUCUGAUUUAUGA